CAGCAGUUACAAUGAGAGCGGCUCUGGGUUAGCACGCCGCACGCCGCCCUCUCGGCGCCACUAGUCGUCGCGAUAAACGCCCAAAUAAUUUCAUAGUCCAUCCACGCUGCUGUUGUCCGCAUGAAUAUCUUGAUGAAUUGUUAUUCUCUUGCAAUUUUAUCCGUUUAAUCUGUCUCAGAACCCUCACGUUUCUGAUUAAAAGAAAGAAUACGAACUUUUUGUAUUCUUGAUGCAAUUACAAAAAAGAAACAAAUAACUAAAACUGAUCUCAAUAAAAUUAGAAAAUGACAGAUUAUGGAAGAAUACCAAAUUAAAUAUUGUUUACCAAGACAAAAGGAGUAGAUAUGUCUGGUUUAGAGAGCGAUAGCGUAGCUUAUUGCUUGCCAGGAGGGCUUGAUUUUCAGCGCGUUUACGUGAAGAUCCAUGGCUACAUAGCGUUAGUUAUUUGCAUCCUCGGCUCCAUUGCAAACUCUGUGAACAUCGCUGUAUUGAGCAGAAAAGAGAUGGCUUCUUCAACAAAUUCCAUACUGACAGCUCUCGCCGUCGCUGAUCUCUUAGUUAUGCUGGAUUAUAUACCCUUUGCCCUGCAUAUCUACAUUAAAAUUGGCACAGAAUUGAAUAGAAACUCAUACGCUUGGGCGGUAUUUGUAUAUUUUCACUCAAUAUUCAGCCAAACGUUCCACACGAUAUCUAUAUGGUUGACUAUAACGCUCGCAGUUUGGAGGUUUAUAGCGAUAAAGUUUCCUCAAAAGAACAGAACUCUAUGUAAUAAACGAAAUACCAGUAUCGCUAUAGCUGUGGCAUAUGCAGUGUGCCCAAUAGCAUGUCUUCCAAUUUAUUUUGCAAUGAACAUACAAGAGGUGCCCCGGACGAGUGCAAAGACUAAUGUUACCAUCAACGAAACCAUGUCGUCUAAUGCAUCGGAAGUAAAAGAGCCAAUGUAUGCUCUAACAAUGACAAAUAGCAAAGAAUUACUAACAGCGAUAUUUUGGAUUUACAGUGUAUUUAUAAAACUCAUACCGUGUAUAGUGUUAUCAAUUUUAAGUGUUUGUUUGAUAUUAAAAAUGAAGUCAAGUGAUAGAAGAAGACAGAAGUUAUUAAAGAAAUCGGCGAUUCCUUCAAGUGAGGGUGAGAAAACUCGUUUGAAUGAAGACAACAAGAAGGGAGGAGGUGGUCGGACAGACCGCACGACUCGCAUGCUGGUAGCGCUGCUCGGCCUGUUCCUGGCUACAGAGCUCCCGCAGGCCCUUUUUGGUCUCCUCACAGCGAUCGCGCCACAAUUCUUUGAAAUAUGCUAUUAUGCAUUUGGCGAAGUGAUGGACCUAAUGGCUCUCGUGGGGUCAGCAGUGAACUUCGUGCUGUACUGUAGCAUGAGUCGCCAGUUCCGAUCCACAUUCACGCGCCUCGCGAGGAAGGUCCUGUCCAUCCCGGCGCGGACGGAGAGGGAACCGCUCACUACGACGUCCACCGUGAAAGCGUAGCGUCAGCGCAACGCAGCCACUUUAGCUGCGAGCGUAUAAUAUAAUUAUACACCAUUUCCCUAAAGGGUUCCAAAUUGAACGAUUAUUCUAGUCAUCUCAGUUUAAGUAAGCCACUUUCGUAUGAAACACAUCUCUCAUUGAAUUCCAUUUGCAUAAAGUUCUCGAUUGACUACAUAAACACGAAUCCAGCUCAUAUAUCCAUUUCUAUGAAAAUGAGGUUCGUUCUCUUCAUCUUAAAUGUGCCGCAUAAUAUUAUUGAUGUGUAGUAUGUACGUAUUGUAAUAAAAUGUUCUUGAAUAAUUUAAUUAGCUACGAAUAACGCGACGAACAUUUUAAUUAACAAGGUUUAAUGAAUGGUGCUUACUCAUAACAUGUAAAAGUUAGUUAUUUAAUAAUAUUAUCUUUAUGAGUCGCCGUCAUACUUAACGAGCAAUUAUUUAUACACAAAAUAAAAUUAGUUAUAGGCAAUCGGUAAAUUGGGCCAAUUGUUUGCCAGGGUACGGAUGUACAAUGUUAAGUUUAAUAUUUGUGUAUUUUUCAUCUAUUAAAACAAAUUAAUAGGGCUGUGUGUGUAUAUGGGAAAUAUAAAAAGAAAACGAAUUGAUCCGUAUUCUAUUGGGGGCUAAGAAAAUUUUGUUAUUUUUAAAAAAAAUUUUACUUUGAUUAUUACCAGGUAAGAAAUGAGAAGUAAAGUAUGUAUUUAUAUCUAAUAAUUGACGUCAUUUAAUUCCUUUGUAAGUAAUGUUUCUAAAUUCAGUAAAAAAUCUAUUAUAAAAUAUAUUUCGUAAGAAGUCAAUGGAUGUAUAUUUAUAAUUUAUUGAUAAUUAUUAUUUAUGUUCAUGUUUGUUGGUCUGCAUACCUAGUUGCAAUUUGUAUACGGAGGUCGGCGUGAUUGUUGAAAGUGACAUUUUUGUACGAAAAAAUAUAUUGAAGACGUGUUAUCUACUAAUUCUUCAGGUUUAUGUAAAAAUAAGUAUUAGUAAAAAUCCUUUAUGUUAAACAGAAUAACGAUCAACUGACAAUUAAAAGUUUUACUUGGUAUUCAUCAGGGGUGGGCCGUCGAGGUUAAGUGUUUCAAUUAUGAAAGUCGCUUAAGAUCGAGGUAUGUAAUUUACGUAUUCAAUGACAGUUGAUGGUUAUGUUGACCCAAAUCAUUAAUUUUAGAAGUAAUUAUGUAUCUGUUUUGGGGGUUCGUAUACAAUGUAAGUGGAUCUCUUCAUUAGUACAAUAUUUAACUUAAACCGAAGAAAUAGUAAUAUUAGAAUGGGAGCACGUCUUUCUGUAGCCACGAGCCCGCCACAGCAAUCGAAUUUAUUGGACUCUGUCUGUUUUCAUAACACUGCAAUAUUUUAUUACUUCUAUAUACUUUUAGGAGCUCUAUGUAGGUAUGUGUUACUCGAGAUUCUCUUGUUAUCUCGAGUAAAACAGCCUUUGGAAAUUGGAGUGCCAAGUGCGAGUGGAGUGGUCAUUUGGAGCGUACAAAGUACAAACGAAUAACGUAAAAUAUAGCAUCUAGUCGUUGAUUAAACAUGAAUGUUAAAGCAGAAAUCAGUAUUAUUGAAAAAUUUGGUGAGUAAAAAAAUUGUAUGACUCAAUGGACCAAAGGGCGCCACUAGACUGUUGGCUCUACCCUCAAUAAAAGCAAGGGCCAACGCUUCACAAACGUAAUACCUAAUAGUGCAUUUACACAUUUCUCAUUCGACGAAACAUUCGUAUACGAGUGUUGUCACAAACCACUAUUCCCACAUUCGUCUUCCCUUUGAUCACACCUGGAAACGAAUACGCGAAUGUCAAAGUGAAUAGCGAGUGCACUGUUUUAAUAUGCGUGUUUUUAUUUGUUUCGCUCAUCAACUUGCUCGUUGCACGAGUGUGUAAAUGCACCCGAUGGGAGUCUGGGAAUGGAAAUUUGUUGGUCAAUAUCCUAUAACAAACAUAAUUAAAAAAAUGAUCAAUAAAAUCUAAUUGAAAUAUGAAAGACACGAUGUCUGUUUUUGAAGCAAUCAUGUCAUGUAAUAUAAUAAGAAUUUAAAAAAUUGCUCUUAGUCGUACAUAAUAAGAAUAUUACAUUUGCUAUUGUUUCGCUUUUUACGUAAAAUAAAAUGUAAAUAUGUUGACUAAACCUUUGUAAAAGUAAGUUGUCUAUAAGUGUAGAUGCGAUUGGCUUUACUAUUUAUAUUCUUUUGUGUUUAAAAACCUAAGUUUUCUUAAGUUCGACAUUGCGUAAGAACGACCCAGACGAAAACUUUGCAAUCUUAACGAACUCAUUAUUAGUGUGUUACUUCGUAUAGUAACAUAUAGAUAAACGCUUUAAAAAAAUCCUUAGGUACUUACGUCGUAUGAGAAAAGAUACAUGAUUUUUUAUGUAAAGAAAAAGGGAUCUCUUUGAUAUAACAUAUCCAGAAUAUAAAAACAAAUGAAAAUGAAAACAAGAAUAUAGGAAUAUAAUUUAUUGUCAUUCAAUUUGCUUUGUUAAGGAUUUAAUUUCCGCUACUUUGAAUUCGUAAAGACGUUUUCGUUCACCUUUAUAAUAUUUUUCGAUAAAAAUAAAUGGCUCAAAUGCGUCACAAGAAUGAAACUGAUCCGACCCGUGAAAAUAAUUAUUUGUAGAACGAAUAUUUAUAUUCACAGAUAGGUAGUUAAUAUAAUAUAUUUACAAUUACCACUUCGGCUUUGUGAAUUCUCAAUUAUAUGUAAUGGUAAGACAUCUAAUCUACACUAACUAGUUUUACAAAAUAUCUAUUGGAUAAAUAUCUAAAAUAUUAUGUUAUAUUCAAUUUGAUAAGUACUCAAAAAUAAGUAAAUUACAUAAAUUCUUAGGAUUUUUCUUUAUAUAAUAGUGGAUAACAGAGCCAGUGGGUUACCUCGUGGUAUGCGACCUUGAACAUUUUCAGGGGUAUAAUGUCUCUGCAAAUGUGUUUUUCUAAUUGCGAGCUUUCCCAAUUCGCGCCGACGCGUGAUCCCACAAAAACAUAAUACCAUAUCAAAAUCACAUCUUUAUCACAUUAAAUUCUGACCUUUUAUUCUAAUUUAGACGUAUGUUGAAAUCUUAACAAGUCUAAUUGGAAACACGCGAGAAUGUUGACGUAAAUUUUUCAUUAAACCUGCUUUUAAGAGUUUCCUUUGCGUAUACAAGACCCUUGUAUAAUUUUAAUAACUCCAUUACAGCGUGAGGAAAUAAUUUUAAUGUAAAAGUGUAAAAUUGUGUUAGAAUAGAUGUAACGUAACUCUAACUUGUAAGUAACGUUAUUACAUUGCAAACAUGAGACAUUGUAGUGAAAUGAGUAGAUUGUACAUACAUUUUAAAUUUCAUGAUAUUUAUGAUGGUAAAAAAAAAGAAAAAUCAUUUAUCAAUUAAUAAAUACGAAUAAAUUAUUUUGUACACAUUUGAUAUGUAUUGUACGUAUUGUAUAAAACUUCAGUGAUUACCCAUUCUUUAUAUUUUCACCAAAGGAGAGAACAAUUUUCACAAUGAAAAUUUGAAGGGACCACCGUUUGGCGUUUACCACGGAGCCGCUUUAUAAUUUCAGAUUAUUUGCAAAACGUUUACAGACCCAGUCAUCAAAGGUCUGUUAUUAAUGUUAUUCGUAAAGUUAUUUGUUACUAGAAUAUUUAUAAAAUUGCUUCUGGUACGAAAUGUAAAAAAAAUAUUUUUUUUUAUUAGUCCGUAUUCUCAAUAUUUGAAACAUAUUUUAAUGAUAUCAUUGUACAUAACAAUCCUUAAUAGUGGUAGAUAAUAAUUAAUUAUAGAUGAUGAAUUAAUGGUCAUCUCGGCAUUGAGCUGAGCAUUCGCUACGAGGGUCUACGGCAAGAGAAAGAUAUCUUCCAUCCCAAUACAGUUGCUAGUUUGUAAUAUAUAUAUGUUUUGUAUUUUUUCAUUGAAAUAAUAUAUUGAAUUAUAAUAAAUUAAACAAUUAAACCUUAAUAAAACUCAUUCACACAAUGUAACGAUAUGAAUAUGUGUACGUACCUACUUAGCAGUAACUAGGGAUUUAGACUUAGACCAAUAAAAUAUUUGUAAGUAAAAGUUUAAAGAUUUACUUUUGCAUUAUUUUUGACUUAAUACGAAAUGAAAUAAAUAAUAAAUAUAUAUUGUUUUGUAUAGCUAUAACGUAAUAUUGUAUUAUUGGGAAUAAAUUAUAUGAAACGUUGUAAAUAACAUCAUUCCGGCUAUUAUUAAUUCA